AUGUUAAAUGAACAAAAGAAAAAAGGCUAUCAAUUAUUCAAUGUUCCUUAUUUAGUCCACAGCCAAAAUCUUUACCACGUUGGGCAAUUACCCAAAUUUAAAGAAGAUUCAUUUAAAAUUGAAAACAGCGAUUUUUAUUUAAUCCCCACCGCCGAAGUUCCUUUGGUUAAUCUUUAUCAAAAUGAAAUCUUGAACGAAAGUGAUUUACCAUUAAAAUUGUGUGCCUACAGUCCAUGUUUUAGAGCAGAAGCAGGAGCAGCAGGUCAAGAAAAUAAAGGUUUAAUUCGUUUACACCAAUUUCACAAAGUUGAAUUAGUACGCAUUACUCAACCAGAAAAUUCUUAUCAACAUUUAAAAAAAAUAGUAGAAGACGCUAGAAAUAUUCUUCAUUUGUUAAAAAUCCCUCAUCGGGUAAUUGAACUUUGUGCAGAAGAAUUAGGAUUCAGUGCUGCUAAAACUUAUGACAUUGAAGUCUGA